AUGGACGCCUCCUCUCCCGUAGACAGCAUUGAUCCUGUCUCUCUCAUCAACAUGACGGGUUACUCCGAGGAUUCCUCCUACCCAACACCACCACCCCAGUCAGAGCACGCUUCCAGCCCCACUCCAGAAGCAGCAGAUCCAACCCAGAAGAAGAAGAAGCGGAAAGCAUGGGGUCAACCAGUCCCUGAAAUCAAACAGAUCCUCCCUCCUCGGAAACGCGCCAAAACCGCAGAGGAGAAGGAGCAACGAAAGAAUGAAAGAAUCCUUCGAAACAGAAGAGCCGCCGACAAGUCACGACAACGUCAAAAGGCUGCUGUCGCCGAUCUUGAAGUUCGACAGGUUCGAAUCGAGCAAGAAAAUGCGUCCUUGAGGGAUCUUUUGGCUCGCUACCAGUCUCGUUUCGGUGUCCAAUCUGAUUUCCCAGCACCGUCACUAGCGGAAUCUGAGACACAAGAUCUCGACUCCGAUUCCACACCAAUGGACAUGAAGAGAUCCUUCACACCAUCAACAUUCGCAGCCUCACCUUCUGAAGCUGCGGAUCACCCUACUCUAGUUCAUUCCGAAUCCCUACCUACACUCAAACAUGAAUCCCCAGCACUCGCUCCUCAACUCAACCUCAUCAACGAAGCCGAAGCCGACAACUCUGGUUCUAUGGCGACGUUUGGCAGCUUUCCCCCUGUCUCCGGUUUGACACAAUAUCCUGCCGUGGUAUUGUGUGACCUGCAGUGUCAACCGGACACAUGGGCUAUCAAUCUGCCAUCGUUCCCAUCCAAUCAGAGCUCCCACCUUGGGCUCAGCUACCUCCUUCAGGUUUUUCAGACCUUGAUGAUAUUUCAAACCUUCUCAACGACAACUCUCUUGCCAAUAUACAAUCUCUUCCAGAUUUUGGCUCGGAAAUUGUCGAUGACCUCGACGGAACAGGAUUUCUCCUCCAUCCUGACCAACUUCCCACUAAUUCAUUCUUUGAUUUCGAUGCCUUCGACACCGACCAGACCGGCAGUCUUUCGCAUGAAACUUCUGAGCAGACUACUCGCAUGCAGCCCACACAUGGCGCGCCUAUUACUGGCAGCGACAGACCGGGCUUUGCAGCAAGUGGUUUGUGAGGAAGGCUUCGCUGAAGACUCUGAUCGUCGGUGGACUUGGUCGAGUCUGAUGACAAUCAAGUGGACUAUAUUGAGGUUGGAGAGAGAACAUCGAAAAAUCCGACGUCAGGUCUCAACGAAGCACGAUGGAGUAACCGGACUGAAGGUCAUGUCUGGCGUUGAUUAUGGAGCGGUGGCUCGAAAUUCAAAACUUUGGCAGGGACCAAAUGCAAAUUGUACUAUUAGUAUUGAUGACAAUUGGGCGAUGCCACAGGAGGUGCACUGA